AUGGCCGGCCGUUUCGUCAGAGCGUCGAAGUAUCGACACGUCUUCGGCAAGUCCACGCGCAAGGAGUUUUGCUAUGACAACCUCCGCAUCAGUCACAAUGCCUGGGACACCAACCUCAUAAAGGCCAACCCAGAGUACUUGGCCGUCAACUGGGAGUCGAGCGGUGGUGGUGCCUUCGCCGUCAUCCCCCUCAACGAGCGCGGCAAGCUUCCCGACCAAAUACCGCUGUUCCGUGGCCACACUGCCGCCGUCCUCGACACUGACUGGAACCCCUUCAACGACCGCUUGAUCGCCUCUGCCUCGGACGAUGGCAAGGUGUUUAUCUGGGAGGUGCCCGAGAACUUCACCCUCUACACAGACGCCGAAGAGCCAGCCGAUGUCUCACCCGUCAGCAAGCUCUCUGGUCACACGAGAAAGGUCGGCCAUGUCCUCUUCAACCCCGCCGCCGAAAACAUCCUCGCCUCGACCUCCGGCGACCUGACGGUCAAGUUCUGGGAUGUCGAGACUGGCCAAGCCCCCAUCGCCCUCAAGCACCCCGACAUUGUGCAGUCUCUGUCGUGGAGCGCCAACGGUACCAUGCUGGUCACCACCUCUCGCGACAAGAAGCUGCGCGUAUGGGAUGUGCGCCAGCAGAACGCAGUCCACGAAUACCAGGGCCACGAGGGUGCCAAGAACAGUCGCGCUGUGUGGUUGGGUGAACACAACCGUAUCGCUACCACGGGUUUCUCCAGGAUGAGCGACCGUCAGGUUGCCCUGUGGGAGCCUGGCAGGAAGGACCCCAUCGGUGGUUUCACCUCGCUCGACUCCAUCUCUGGUGUCUGCAUGCCUUUCUGGGAUGACGGCUCCAACUGCCUGUACCUUGCUGGCAAGGGUGACGGCAACAUCCGUUAUUUCGAGUAUGAGAACGACAAGCUCGAGUUCCUGGCAGAGUACAAGUCCGGCGACCCCCAGAGAGGUAUCGCUUUCGUGCCUCGCCGUGGCGUCAACGUCCACGAGAACGAAAUCAUGAGGGCCUACAAGACUGUCAAUGACCAGUACAUCGAGCCCAUCUCUUUCACCGUUCCUCGCCGUGCCGAGACCUUCCAGUCCGAUAUCUACCCCCCUGCGACCGGCCUCAAGCCCGCUGUGUCCGCCAAGGAGUGGUUCGACGGCAAGGAUGGCAUCCCCACCAAGAUCGACAUGGAGGGCAUCUACGAGGGUACCGCACCCAGGGAGGUCCCCGCCGAUUAUAAGCCUUCUGCUACCGGAUCAUCUCCUGUCCAGGCCCCCGUGCCCAAGAGGGAGUCCACGCCUCCUCCUGUCCAGGCCCCUGUGCCCAAGAGGGAGUCCACGCCUCCUCCUGCUGCAGCCCGCUCUCCCACGCCGAGCGUGUCGGACCAGAAGGCCUCCAUGUCCGCUAUUGCGAACAAGUUCCAGGACAAGGAAGACGCCGAGCCAAGUGAGGGCGAGGCCUCUUCUUUCGAGGAAGUUUCGCGCCCUGCCAGAGCUGCUGCCUCCGUCUCGGCGCGAACACCUCAGGGUCCGCCAUCCUCAACUUUCCAGACCCCAGUCCAGAAGCUUGCCUCGCCCGUCAGGACCACCGCCCCCGCACAAUUCCCUGCUGCCGCUGCCGCUUCCUCGGCGGUGGGAUCUGUCGAGGCUUCUCUUGCCCAGAUCACGCAGCUUCUCGAGCAGCAGAGCAGGAUCAUUGGUGCCCAGAGCGACAAGAUCCAGGCCCAGAGUCAGAUCAUCAGCCAUCUCGCGACUGAAGUCGAGACCCUCAAGAAGAGGGUCGGGCCCGGCCCGCAGGAUCAGAGCGAGAGAAUUAGACAGUUGGAACUGGAGCUCGAGGCUGCCAGGUCGUAG